CAGCUGCCUUCACUGCGUGGUAAAAAACGCGGGCGUUCAAGUGAAGUAACCGGAUCAAACUCACAGAGUCACAGGAGUGUGAGCCCCAGAUCUGUCCGUCUCUGGUAACAAGCCCUCCGUCUCUCUGUUCCAUCUUAGCUGCUCAAUCCGAAAAUGUUCUUCAGGAGGUUGAUAGAAGUGGAACCACCGAGCCUGGUUAGGUACUUUCUCGGAGCGGCGAUAAUGGUGAUUGGAGUUGUAUUGCCCGUCGGAUACAUGAUGUUCCGAAACAAGCGUGUCCCUUCCUCUUCCUCUUACUCCAAACAGACGUAGGAACAAAGUUUUGAUAUAGAGAGACCGAGAAAUGGAAGCUUUGGAUUCGAUUUGUGGGUCAUAAAGUAUGAAGAAGAUGAUUGAGAAAAAGGAUUUUACAGACCCUCCAAGUACAAAUGUAAAUUUAUUUGAACUCCUAUUCUAUUAUAUGGGGGGAUUCUAACGUCAUAUUUGCCAAAUGGUAUGUGUGCAUUUCAAAUCUUUUUUGGUCUUGGAUUUUAUCAUCGAGCUGAUUUCAUAUAGUCGAGUAGAUUUGGUCCAUCAUGUCUUGGGAUUUGAGCGACAUUUAAGAACUAUUUCUUUUUUAUAAGUGAAGGAAUUUCUAGAAGAACUAA